CUGAAAUCUUUUUCAGAAUAUUUUUGCACCAAUACCUCCAAGAUGGCUGCAUCACCGCUAGCAGCGCAAGACACCAAUGACAAAUGGGGCUUCGGUGAAGACCCAGAUAACAUGGGACCUAUGUCCAGUGCUGACCCCCUCGUCGACGACGCGCCUCUGGCAGCAGACGAAACGACUUCCGGGCAAAUGGCCAGCGGCUCUGGUCAUAAACGUACUUCCAGCGGUGACAACGGCGUUUCUGGCAGCAAAACCGACUCCGGUCGCGAAAAGUUAUCCAAGCCGAAUAAAGUAUACAUUGGCGGUUUACCAGACCACACACGCCAAGAGGACCUCCAAAGUUGUUUUGGAAAGAUUGGCAGGAUCACACAUAUUGAAUUGAAAAUUGGCUAUGGUUUUGUCGAAUUUGAUACCCGAGAGGCUGCCGAAGAAAGUGUUGCCAAGUACAACGAAGGGUACUUUAUGGGCAACAAAAUACGAGUGGAACUUUCCCACGGUCGCGGGCGCGCUACCAGGCGCUCUGAUGAUCCCGGCGCUUGCUUCAGAUGCGGUGAAACUGGCCAUUGGGCCAGGGAAUGCCCUCGUUUACAAUCGCGUCCUCCUAGGGGUUCUUCUCACGAAGUGGGGUUGAUUGAACGAUUACCACCUAGGGAUUACUUGCCUCCUAGAGACCUUGGUCCCCCGGCGCGAUACCCUCCUCCACAGGAUGCGAGGUAUUAUGAUUAUCCGCCGCCGCCGCCGCCUCCUGCCAGAGAUUUUCGGCGUCCCCUCUCGCCUAUAAGGGAUCAGAGAGAUUAUUUUACAGGGCCGCCUCCACGCCCGCGCGAUUACGAUGAUUAUAGAAUGAGGGGACCUGCGCCGCCACCUCCUUCUCGGUAUGAUCGCCCAUAUGACAGGGAUUUACCACCGAGAGGCUAUCCUCCACCAAGGGACUUUGAUCGGUAUGAAAGGCGUCCUCCACCAGAUGAUAGGUACCCUCCCACGAACUCCAGGCCUAGGACACCUCCUGGUCCCCCUCCUCGCCGCGAUGAUUACGAUAGAUCACUCCGGGAUUACAUUCCUAGGCCACUAACACCACCACUACGCCAAUCGGACUACCCUCGUUCUCCCGAGCAGUCUCGCUAUCGGUCAGUUCUUUAUUGUAUCAUGUUUUUAUAAUUCCUCAUGUAGCCAGAAGUCGCCGCUCAAUGAGUCCUCCACCACGCUCUGCACAUUAUGAUACCUACCCUAGCGCCAAUGGAUAUUCUGGCGACAGAUCUGGUCCUCCGAGGGACGACAAGCGUGUCAGAGACUAUCCCCCUCGCCGUGACCCGGAAAUUGGCUAUAGGAGGGCCUAACCAUGUGUUUUUUUUUUGCUCGGCGACUUU